AUGGAUAUCCAGUUUAUCGUUGGUGUUCAAAAGAAGAUAAUGGUCGAACUAUCAAAGUUAAAGUUCAAAAUCAAGAGAUUGAGAUCGGAAAUGAAUUCAUUGUUUCAUAUUGCCCGCUGCUAUUACGAAUUUUUGAAGCACAUGAAUAUUUUGAGAGUUGCCAUUUGGCCAAAUCAAUCAAAUAUUUGUGCAAGUACGUCACAAAAGGUAGUGACAUGGCUGUGUUUGGUAUUGCAGUUGAAAAUAUAUCCCACAGUUGUACAUUUAGCAGUGCAUUUGAAAAGUGGCCAAAGAGUUGACUUCACUGAGGCUAAUGUGGCACAACAAGCUGAGAGACCACCAUCGACAACAUUGACUAGCUUCUUUGCAAUGUGUGAAGCAGAUCCAUUCGCAGCGACGCUGAUGUACGUUGAAAUGCUCAAGUAUUACAUUUGGAAUCAAUCAACAAAGAAAUUCCAACGUCGCAAACAAGGAACCCCAGUUCCAUAUUGGCCACAGGUGUUUUUCACUGAUGCACUAGGUCGCAUGUAUACUGUUCAUCCUAGAAAUGAUGAAUGUUUCUAUUUGCAACUGCUGUUGGUAAAUGCACGUGGACCAAAAUCAUCUGCGCAUUUGAAAACUGUGAAUGGCCUCCAAUGCCAAACAUAUCGAGAAGCACGUCAACUAUUGGGUUUGCUGGAGAACGAUUCUCAUUGGGAUGUAACACUUGCAGAUUCAUUAUGGAACAAAUACAAAGAUGACAUAUGUGAAGGUAUCUUGCAUCGCUUGCGCAUUCAAACGAAUAAUUCUGACAUCCAAAUAACCGAUUACAUCUACAAUGAAGUAUUGAUCCUGAUUGAGGAUCAAUGCUUGACUAUUCCAAACAAGCUACUGAUUCAAGAAUUCGUUUUUAAUAAUGUGCCAUUGCUGAAUGAACAGCAAAAACAAGUAUGCGAAGCAUUAAUGCAAGCGGUGGACAAUAAUACUGGUGAUCUAUUCUUCCUAGACGCACCUGGAGGAACAGGGAAAACAUUUGUCAUUUCAUUGAUUUUGGCCACUAUUCGAUCAAGAUGUGACAUAGCUUUGGUGUUAGCAUCAUCUGGAAUUGCGGCGACUCUUCUAGAUGGUGGUCGUACUGCACAUUCGGCACUUAAGUUGCCACUCAAUGUAAACAGAAUGGAUACUCCAACAUGCAAUAUUUCCCAAUCCAGUGCAAUGGGAAAAUUUUUGAUGCAAUGCAAGCUCAUUAUUUGGGAUGAGUGCACAAUGGCACAUAAGAAAUCACUUGAAGCACUUAACUUCACACUGAAGGAUCUUCAGCGAAAUAACAACAUCUUUGGCGGCUUGAUGAUAUUGUUGGCAGGCAAUUUCAGGCAAAAGUUGCCAGUAAUUCCCCGUGGAACACCUGCAGAUGAAUUGAAUGCUUGCCUAAAGGCAUCACCUUUAUGGAAUAACUUAAAAACAUUAUCGCUAACCACUAAUAUGAGAGUUCAACUUUAA